CUUAUAGACCCAUCGUUGGAUUCUACCCAGCUAAUCUCUAAUCACAAUGCCUUUCACUGCUUCUGAUAUCUGCAAGAUCCUUUUUGCGAUCAUUCUCCCUCCCCUCGGUGUCUUCCUGGAACGGGGAUGUGGAGCUGAUCUGCUCAUCAACAUCUGUUUGACCAUUCUGGGUUGGAUUCCUGGCAUCAUCCACGCUCUGUACAUUAUUUUCAAGUACUAGACUUUGCCGACAUCCCCCUGAGUGUCCGCCCGAUUCGGUCCAAAUCCCCUCCCGAUCGAAGAUUUGCAUCGUUCCACCGUUCUCUCCUCCUAGAUCUCUUAAUUUGAAAUCGAACGGGCGAUCGUCGUGUUGUUCGCGCGUUCCGCGCAACUCCGGCCGAGACUCGACUAAUGUAACCCCGCCACUUGGCAGUCCAUAUCCUGUUGAUCGAACGCGAGGACUGCUCGGUGGUUGUAUCGCAUAUACUCUGUGAUGGGGCCCGAGUGUUGUUUUUACUAUUAAUCUCUCGCGAUUCCCCUUGAUUGUGUUGUUUCUUUGGCUUUUUCUUUUUUUUCCCUGUUUUAUUUGGCUUCGCUCCGGAUGAUACCAGCUCAUUUGUGAUACUGGGCUUUUUGUUUUGCUCUUUGUCAGUGAUUAGUUUUAAUGAUUGAUGGCAAUGACAAGAUCUUAAUAUUCCCC